AUGGGUAUUUCAAUAUCCAAACCAUAUAAUAUUCCAUGUGAGGAGAAUGUCAUGUUGGAUGACAGACUUGACAAAGUACCGAAUGAAAUGACAGAGUUUGCAUCCAAAGAAGAGAGGACCAGAUAUAUUAAGGGACUGGGUAACGUGUUCAUUCUCCAAUAUGGUAAUGGCAACAAUCAUGAUACUACUUCAAUAUUCAAAAAGAGGAAGCAUCAUCAUUAUUCAGUGUUGGUUGACUUGAGGAAUGAGUCCACCAUCGAUACUACCACUGGUCUUGAAUUACAUCUGAUCGUUGCAGACAACUGUGAUGCCGUACGUUAUAGAUGUGCCUAUCGAUCAAUGCCAAUGUCAAUGUAUCCAAGGGUCUAUGUGGGUACAUUGGACAAGGCAUUGUUGGAAGAGGGCACCGAUCGUCAUAGACCAUCCAACUUGCAACGACCACAAGUGUUGCGUUUUUGGGGUGAGGAGAAGUUCGAUCAGUUCAUCUCCGAGAUUGAUGGCUCAACGGCAUACGUCAAAUGGAGCAAGCAGGCCAAUUGUCUAUCGUUUGCCAGACGUAUAGUGAAGGAGUUGGAGUUGAGUUGGCCAAGUAAUCUACCAAUGACAAAUUCAUUCUAUCCAUGGUUGCCAGAGUGGUACAUUGCUGCCAACAAUGGAUUGGUUAUCGCUGUCCCACCCGUAGUACAUCCAAAGAAUGAACCAGUUCUAUUCUUCCAGUCGACAUCCAAUACUGCUGCUUCUGUUGUUGUUGUACCACCUAAUGUCGAUCAAUCAACAACAUCGUCAUCAUCUGAAUCGACCCCUGAAGCAAAGCCAUUGGUUGGAGAACCAGGACCACCAGUCGCCCAGCAGAAUGUUGUUGAGCCAUCUAACGAUCAACAACAACAACAAACUGUUGUAUCAAACGAACAACAACUGACUGUUGUGUCUGAACAUGCUGAAGUAGUCCCUCACGAACAACACCAAACUACUGCUGUGGCUGAUGAACAUCAACAUUGUUAG